CUCAGGUUGCUUAGUAACGCACCCUAACUACAAACACGGACGGUGUCUAGUCCACAUAAGGAUAGUUGUUAAUUAUUAAAGACACUAAUAAGUAGCAUAUUUAUAUUAACACCGCAUUUAACGUACGGACGCAUUCAUUUUCUAACGGUUUAACAGUUUUGCAUUCGACUAGCUAGUUGUACACACCUGUUUUAAUGGGGUAGUGGAGCUAACAGCGUUACAACUGACAUCGUAAUAUAUGUUUCGCUAACGUUAGCUAGCUAACAGACAUCACUCAAUAUUAGCUUAAACGUAUUAGCUAAGGCUAGUUAACUUGCUCCUGACAUGGACCUGGAUAUUCGUCAGUAUCUCACCAAGGCAAAGGAGCAACAUGGUCUGUAAUACUCUGGAGCUCUGCAGUCAGCCUACCGUUUAAUUAACGACACGACAGUAGCUGGAACCAGAGGACGAACUCCACGCAUUGCCCCAGAGUUGUACGUUGAAUGUGCGGAAGCAGCUCUACAGUUGGGUUGUUUGGAGAUAAGCGCAGCGUGUCUAAAGAUGUACUUUGACGGGAAUCCGCCGGCAAAUCAGUUUUUGUGUCGAGCCUACCUCUGCCAGGUCCAGCUGAAGGCUCCGCCGGCCACUGGGACUGUGGAAGACUUUGAAGAGGCUGUGCUGUAUUUUCUUAAAGCAAUUGAAAUUGCAAAGCAUGACCCACGAUACUACUUCAUAGUUUUCAAUGCUUCAGUGCUGUACUUCCAGACAGUGCGUCUUUUCCUGCAGCCAGGGUGGUGCCUCCACCUUGUCCCCUCCCUCAGGCAGGUGGUCCAAAGUCUGGAGGAGGUGGCAGACCAGGACCACAGCUGGAGGGCUGAGCUCAUGAUGCAUCUUAUCAAAUGUCUUGUGGACUCUGGGGAAAUGGAAGAUGCUGCAAGCUUUGCCAAAGUUACAGAAGAAUUCAUCAAGGCACAUACCCCACAUCUUUAUCCAAGACUCUUUACGUUAAUGGUACAACACAAGCUGACAAAGGGUGACGUCCUCCUCGAAAUGAGCAUGCAGUGUACUACCUUAGCAGUAGUUUACAAAAUGCAGGAUUUUAAAAACAGGUGGAAAGAAAGAAAUGAAGACGAGCCAAAAAAAAAAGAGCUUGAGCAGAUUUUUCAUCUCCUGAUGGAUUGUAGCAAAGUAUCGGCUACGCCUGUGAACUCCAGUCCUCUUCAGAGCCCAACACACAUCCAAGCAACUGACAGAAUUGCCUUCCUCCUGGAGUUGGCUCUGCUGGCCUUUCAAGUGAAGCAUCAGGAAGUAGCUGUUGACUGUUUCAAAGAGCUAAGGUCGGCGGGAGAGGCUAGUAUUGGCCAACUCAUAAUAGUGGAAUGUGUCAACUGUGAAAACGACCUGCUGAAGAGAGAGACGAAGAUGAAUGACUAUUCCAAAGCCAGUGUGGAGGCCCGGCUGAGGGGGAUAGGCAAGCUGGAUCAGUGGUUGCAAACUGCAGUGAGGGAGGGGGACCCUCAGGCCAUGCAGGCAGUGUGUGCUACCCAGUGGAGCCUCUGUCUGCCCCUCCUGCAACACAACCUCAGGAAGCACCUCCGGACACCUCUUCUCAGGGUCUCCCAUGCACUGGAAGACAUGCAAAGUAUGUUGAUGGAGAUGCGCUGUCAAGUUCACUCAGAGCUGGCAGUGAUUGAAGAAGAGGACGGGCGCCUUGAGGCUUCUUUGACUCAUCUUCAGAGAGCCAUGCUGCUGGACACCGGCACACAACGAGAACGCCUGUCGUCAGCUCUCCACCUCCUGCAGCUCAGAGGGACCCUCUGCCAAACGCCCUCCCGGACCGAGGAUAAAGCCGCUAUGCUUAUGCAGCAGGCCAGGGACAUGCAGCCGCAAGACAGGACAGACACUUGUCCCAUCCUGGUCGCUGUGGGACUCCUUUUGGCCCCUGAGGAUUUCCAGAUGGUGCUGGAUGCUGACGACACAUCCAAAAUUCCCGUAGGCGCUCUUGGAUCUGGACCAGUGACUCAGCUCUCUUCUAAGGCUCAGCAUCACUCUGCAUCUGUACGGAGGGUGGAUGGAUACCUGUCCAGACAAGGAGAUGACACAGACAACACAGAGAGGGUGAAGUUGUGGGCAACACUGGUGAAGACGGCCAGGAAACAGGAGGUUUGGGAUGUGUGCCGAGCUGCUUGUCGAUUCUGUUUGCUUUACGAUGAUGGGAGAUGGAAGAUUUCCAAGACUGACGAAUGUAGAUCCUCGGAAGCAGAACGCUGUGCAGAAUCUCUUCACGGCUGCAAUGGAAGCCAAACAUGUGUGAGGGACUUGCUGCACCUUUUAGCUGAAAUCCACUUCAUCAGUGCUGAGGCCGCCGUCCAGAAGCUGCUAACAGAGGGGGUGCAGCUUAACAGCCCUAUUGUCCCUGCUGUGGACAGUGAGGUGUGUGUGUCUGAAGAGGAUCCACACUGGGUUGUUUACAGAGACUGGAUCCAGGCUCUUUCUGCCUACGCCACCUCCAACUUCUUGCGGGCAGCGGAGCUCGGGGCAGAGAUCAGGGAGCAGUGGGUGGUAGCAAAUGCAGCCAUUUACCUGUGGAACUACAGCAGCCACUUGUUGGCAGCUGGGGAAUACCAACGCCUGCUUCCCACCUUCCAGAGUCUGGUGAAGAUGCUCCAAAAGACAGAGUUCACUGGGAAUCCCGCUCUACUUGUAAUGCUGUGUGAUGCUGCAGCCCGGGGAUUGAUUCAGCCUAUGUGUGGGCCGGACAGCGUCGAGCCAGCCCCGUUAGGAGACAAGGGCAAAAACAGACCUGAGAAAGGGAUAGAGAAGGAUGCCAGUGUCCAUGGGCUUUUCUUACAACCUGCAGCCCUUCAGGAUGUCCUGAAAGCAUCAGAGCUGUGUGACUACGCCCUUGGCAUAUCCACCAGCAACAUCCCAGGGGAGAUCGUCCCCAUCACAGCAAGGAAACAGGUGGUGGCCACAUGGGUGCAGAUCAAGAGGCUCUUGCAACAGCAGAUUGGCUCAAAGAUGGACACUAAGUGUGAGAACGAGGACGUGUCAGCGAUGACGCAUGUGCUGGUCGGAGUGGAGAUGCUCCAGUGCAAUAGGAACCCAAGGCACAUGGAGUUCUCUGUUCCCAGUCUCUCUGCACUGGGGAGCAUGGUGUCUGAAUGCAGCUGGACUGACGCCGCGGUGGAGAUGCAGGUGUGGUGCCAGCUGGCUGCCUUCUGCCACCAUGCCAAGGACCACAGCUUGGUGUUGUUCUGCACCAAGAACGCCCUUCAGCUGGAAAAAGCAGCCACAGAGAGCCUCAAUACCAUGCCCUCUAUUUUGUAUGGCCUGACUGCGGUGAAUGAGAUGCUGAGCAGUGCCUGUUGUUUCAGGGCUUUAAGUUUAGUCCAUGAGUCCAAUGGAGAUGUACACACGUACAGAGAGGCUCUGAAGGCGCUUGUGUCCAGUGUCAGCUAUGCAGAGAAGGCUGAGAAUCCAGCAUUGUGUGUUGCAGCUGCCAGGCAUUACUGGAACACAUGUCUACCACUGACACAGACUCCUGAGGAGAGAUGGCAGCUCCAAGAGCCCCUGGAGAACAUCCUGAUUGCUCUGCUUCAUACCAACACCAAACAUGCAAACAAACAGGGCAAAGUGAGAGGCUUGCUGACCGUGACAACACUGCCUCUUAGAAGUUCUAAACAUGAAGCAACUGACGAGAAGGCCCUUACCCUGAGAGCAGCCAUUUACAGUUUGUUGCUCAACAUCCACAUUGAUAAGACGGACUGGAAAAGUGCCCUGCAGCUGCUCGAUCAAGCUAUAAGCAACAUGCCUCGCACCAGACACAGGCUACCUCUGCUGAAACACAGAAUACUGGUAAAAGCCCGACUGGGGGAAAGUGUACUGACGGACAUGCAGAAGUUACAAGACGAAGGCGAGCAGUGCUGCUCAUCGAUGUGGCACCAGGUGGCACUGUGUGCUGCCAACAUCACCCAACAGCUCACCUGCUACCAGCAGUCCAUCACCUCUCUGUUGAGCGUAGAGACUCAGUGGCACAAGGUCAGCAGCCUUCUGCUAGAGUUUGGAGAGUGGCUGUACUGUCACGACUACUCCAACACGGAUGCUCAUCACCAGGUUCAGUGCGCUGUAGACAUCCUUCUACACUCGGAAACUGAACAGGCAGACGGAGCAGUGGUUGAGUCCAAAAGAAGAGAUUUGAUCUCAGUGAAAUGUGAAUCCCUGGUGGGAGUCCAGUGCUUGUUAUUGAAGGACUGUUUGGCCAAUCUGAAGGAGGUGUGGUGCCUCGACAGCUUGGUACGAGCACACACUCUGCUCGCUGUCAUGGCAGACAAGACUUCACCUGAGCACCAGCUUAACCUGCUCAGAGCCUACGUCUUUGUACUUCAGAUAUGGCAGGUGUCCAUGGCAGUGGCUUAUGAGAUUUCCAAUGAGAUUGCAAAGAGCCAGCCACCCCAGCCUCCUCCCUCUGCUGGAUCCAAAAAAGGCAAAGACAAGGGCAAAGGCAAAAAAGUGAAAGAUCCUCCUCCUGCAGAAGAGAGACCCAAACCUGUUGUCUUGGAUCAGGCACUUCCUUCCACCCCAAAGGACUGGGCUCGCUUCGUCUGUCCCGACCAGGCCAGGCAGAUCUUUAGAACCACCAGUAACCCCCAAUGUAUCAAUACACACAGCAUUACAAAGCAGACUCAAAGCCUGUUUUAUCUCAACCUGCUGGAAAAAGAGCUUCACUCCCUCUCACUCGACCACCUGACCCUGCCCAUAAUGCAUCUAGCUGAGACCAUUGCUCAUGACCUUUUGGAUAGGAGGAGCCUCUCCGACCUUUACCGACUUAGAAUUGUGAGGACCUGUAGUCAGCUUGGUUUGGAGACACACUCACCGUAUCAGGAGAAGCUCCUAAAUCUGAGUAGAAUCCAAGAGCAAGAACGGACGAGGUGCCACAAAGCGAUUGCCUUUUCACAGAAGAGGAGAGGCCUUCACAAAGCGGACAAUCAGAAAGUUAAGGUGGAAGAAAAGGCUGUGUCUGGCCAUGAGUGUAUGGAUGUGUGUUCUCAGGACAUCUGGCUGGACAAGGCUGAGCUGUGCCUCAGUAUGGGGCUCUGUCCAGCAGCCAGGCAGCUCCUGGCAGAGGCCCACUUUGUGGCUGUGGAGUUGGGAGACCAGAAAGCAGUUGCUAGGAGUUUGCUCAGUCUGGCCAGUCUGGCUUGUGAAGAGCAGAACUAUGCCCAGGCUCUGAUCCUGCUGGACAAAGCCCAAGCUCUGGGUGGGGAUGAGGAGUUCUGGUACCAGCUCACCCUCACCAGGGUCAGAGCUGUAGUAGGCCAGAGAGCCCAAGACGCACACACCAAGGCUGAUCAGAGUAUAAAACAAAGCUGUGGGGCUCUGAAGCUGGUUCUGGAGCAGCGGAUAAACAGAGUCCCAGAGAUCACAUUCUUGAUCAGCUCAUUAGAGAUGAGAGGUGCCAUUGAAUGUAUACAUGGCCUUGGUGGUGGUGAACCUGGAGAGACACUCCGCAGCACCGACGCUGUCCAGAGGCUAAUGGCUGCCUGUGAUACACUCAGAGAGUGUGCCAGUGGUUUCACUAAACUCAGCGAUAGAGCUCACGCAGCAGAGGCUCAUGCAGAGUGUGCACACGGUCUGAGAAUCCUAGCCGACAACGCUACUUUCACAGAAGACAAACAGCGCUUCCUGCUCCAUGGCCUCUCCCAGAUGCAGCUAGCUGUGACAGCGCAGGAACAAGUGGCGCUGAAUGCUCAGAGGCUGCUCCCCUUGCAGGAGGAGAGUCAUGGACUGUCACUGGCAGCCCUGCGGACGCUGCUGCGCCUGCGACUGGCCCUGGCAGAAUUGUGUCUGGCCAUGCUGGAGGUGCACUCUGCUGAGGAGAAACGCCAAGCUCUGGCCCGCCAGAGGAAAACCUCUGCUGAGAUUGCACUGGAGGAGUUUACACGCUGCACACCUGAGCCCAACUCUUUAGAGCAGGAAUGGGGGACUGUGGGCACUACCUUGGGACAGGUGGCUCUGGGACAGCUGGCUGCAGUCAGCACUCACUCCCUGGACAACAUGGAGGCCAGAGCUUGCUGCCUGAGUCUGACGGGAAAGUACCUCAGACUGCUGGCUGCGCAGGAGGACCCCCUGUAUCUGUGUGCUCUCUGGGACACACACAAACAGAAUGAGGCCGGGUCUGAUCCUAAAGCAGCUCCCGUGGAGGAUGAGAAUUCAGAGAAAGGAAAAGAAUCAAGCAGAAGAAAGCCGAGGGUGACCUCUGUCAAAAGUGCUGAGCUGCAGUGCAGGAGGCAUCGAGCUCAGCAGCUUUUGGCACAGGCCAGUAAGGCGCUGGCUGAGGCCAUUAGCCUUUGUCUCCAACACAAGCUGCCCUCCUCCAUCCUGGCUGAUGCCUCUCUCAACAUGUUGGAGUGUCAUGGCCAGUCUGACCCUGCAGAGGCAGGUCAAUAUCUUGCCCUGUUUCAGAGCUGCUGCACUGCUGCGAUGAUGGCUGAGGUCCUAAGUUCUGCCUGCGCUGGCACCAGUGUGUCCCAGCUCUCCGCUCUGCUCAGCCUUCACAGGAAACUGCUCCUCUCUCAGGAGGAGAGUCCCAGCAGCAUGCUGAACGGAGUGGAGGACUCCCUCAAUAGCCUCUCCAAGGCCUUCAGCCAGUUGACCAUCCACCCCAGCCACCUUAAUAUCCUUGCAGAGCUUCCGCCCAACCUGAAAAUCCUGCUGCUCCAGCAUUCUGAAGAUGGGUCAGACCUUUUUGGGGCCUUCUAUGAGAUGACCAAAGCUCCAAAUCAAAAGGGAAAGACGACGCAAGCUACAGGUUCCCUGACGUGCUCUAAGGUGGCCAAGGUUUCAGUCUGCCCACAGGCUCUGCUGUCACUGAGGAAGCAGACUCGGGCCUUUGGCCUGGAGACUAGACAUGCCCUCCUCAAGCAAGCCUGUUGGCACAGUGCAGAGUGCAGGCUGGAGGACUCUGAGGAGCAUCGUGUUUUUCUCCAUACAUCUGCUGCAGAAGUGUUAGGACCUCAUUUCAGAGAAAUUGUUCAAGAUAUGGAAGACUAUUUGAAUCCUCUUCUCACACAGUUUGACUUCUCAUGCUUAAGGCCCCAGGCUGCACCAUCAGUCCCUGAGAUGACCAAAGUAAGAGAUAAAGAAGACAAAGGGAGCUCAGCAGAACCAGGGGAGUAUGUGGUAUUGCUGGCAGACAGGAAGUUGCUGGAGUUGCCGCUGGAAGCCUUGUCCGUCCUGCAGGAGGAAGCCCUGAGUUCUGUGUCUCGAGAUUUCUCCCUCCAGCUUCUCCACAGCCGCCUGAACAGAGAAGAACCAGAACAAGUAGUUGAAAGUGACAACAAAAAGGAGACCAAAGGUGGCAAGGGAACUAAGGGGAGGGGAGAUCAAAGCCAAGCCAUCAAAGUGAUACCUGUGAGUCAUGUGUUGCCUUCUAACACCUUCCCAGUGGAUACGCGCAACUUGAAAUAUAUUGUUGACCAUCACAAUGAAGGCCACUUUGAAGGGACCAGCCUGAGCACGAGGAUGAAAGAGAUUUUGGAAAACCACGGCCAGCAUCUGUGGGAGGGCUUCAUGGGCAGCAAAGGAACGCCCAGUUUGUCCGAGAUCGAGCAGCUGCUGUGCAGAUGCAGUGCCUUCACUUACCUGGGGAUGGAGCGCUUCAUGGCAAUCAUUCCACCGGACAAACUGGCAGCCCUCAACCUGUCUGAUUGUCGCCUGGCUUUGCUCUUUGACCGGGUUCAGAACAACGCCAGUGUGCUCCGCCAAUCCAGCCUUGACCUGCACAAGAGUGCAGGACAGUGUGACCUGGAGAAACCCCUGGAGACUGCUCUGCUGUUGAGUUUGGGGGGUGUCGGCUGUAUUGUCCUCAACCAAUGGCACAGCAGCCUCCAACAGAACACACACAAUAUGGUCAAUGUACUAGACAAUCUGCUGAGGGUCAGACAGACAUCUGGUCAGACCGUCCUCGCCCUGAGGAGAGGGGACAGUUCAGAGAUACCACAUGACAAGGUCACAGGAUCAUAUGAUGGAGUGCGUCUCACUGACUCAAUGGAAGAUGAUGAUGUUCACCACAGAAUGACUCUCGCACCAUCAGCCUUCAACUGCAUUCUCUAUGGACUCCCUAACUUAAUUAUAACCUAAUACUCUGUAGACGCUCACUUAUAUUUCACAUUUCAAGAGAUGUCCUUUAUUCUCCACUUUUACAUUUUCCACUAUGUCAUUUCAUGAGAAUACUGAUUUUAUACUUGGUGUUUUUAAUAUUGUUGUUUUACACGGCAGACGUAAGUUAUGAAACAUGCCCAUCUCCAUACUUGUACCUUUGGGAUGUGUCUCGCACAUAACACUGAACAUAAUGUUUAGAGUGUACUCUGCGCCUCGGUGACCAUCAAUGUUUCAUUAAUGUGGGUUACUAUCAGACUUUACCAAAUUGAAUGUGAGAAAGGAUUUCAAGCAAAUAAACACUCCCAGCAGUCCUGCUGUCACACACGAGGAGUGGAUGAAAUGCUACAAUAAGAGGACUGAGCUCGAAACGAAGGCUCAGAGUCCGCUAAGCUUUGGGUGGAGGGAUACCACUUCACCUUGCAGCUAUAACAGAAUUUAACAUAAUAAAGGUUACACUCGUUGUGUCACACUGCGUCAACAUGAAAUCCGCUUGUAUUCGCUUAUUUUCAUUUAGAGAACGCCUUUAUCAGACAUUGCAGUGCAUGAUUAAUCCUUAUAUUUGUGUGUUGUAUUUCUAAAUAGUAAACAAACGCCUUUAGAAAACAAAAGUGCUCUUACUGUUAGAACUGUGAGUGCCCUGUUUAUUGUAAGUAAGGUCAACCUAAAAUUAGAGAGUGGAAGUCAUCAUCAGCAUUAUGAUGCUUUGUUCCUCAAUAGAUUUGAAUGUGUAAGUAAAACACUGAAUGUGUGUAAGAUUUUAAAACUCCCUUCUGAUUGUGGAGACAAAGCCACUCGUGUAGAGGCCACAGUACAAUUAAAGGGAUAGAUCCACAUUUUGGGAAAUACAUUUUUCGCUUUCUUGCUUAAAGUUUCAAAAGAUCAACAACACUGUCAAGUCUGUACAGAAAAUAUGAAGCUACUGCCAGCAGCUGCUUAGCUUAGCAUAAAGCAGGAAACGGGGGAAAACAACUAUCAUGGAUCUAUCUUGUUUGUUUAAUUUAUAAAAAAUAAAAAAAAACGUAAAAAAGUAACAACUUAGCAGUUU